ACGAGCGCUGCAUCAUCUCACGCAGAACCGUCGGCCAGACCCCGCUUAUUUCGCACCGGCAAAUAGAAAAAGAGAACCGUCACGGCAUGAACAAGCCUCACCGAAAGUGAAAGCAAAAGCAAAAGGGGACAUUGCUGUUUCAAGUUUUCAGUGCACGCAAGGAUGAAAUAUUCUUGAAUGUUCCAACUGUGAACCUGCGAAUAUUGUCGGGCGGGACCCAUUUGAGCGUGGCUGACUUUCACCCUUCAAGGGUUGGUCAAGAUGGCGAGUGCUGGCUUGAGAGCGUAUGGGACGGUCCUGUCCUGUGACCUCAUCCUCUGGGGUGUGCUGUGGGGAGGUCUGGUCCUGUUGGGGUGGCCCAGCAGGGAAGGGGUGGCCCUGGGGUGGCUGUGGGCGCUGGGGGCUGGCAGGUGGCUUCUGCUCCACGCAGUUUCCGUGGCGACGGCGAGUGGGCGGAGCCGGCCGGUGCUGAGGCGUUGGGUGGCGACGCUGUGUCUCCUGGGCCCGGCGUUUGAGAGCGGGAAGGCGGCCCUGCAGCGGCAGGGCAGCCCCGGCUGGAGCGUCCCGCUCCCCGAUCCGGGCGUGGUGGCCCUGGCCGCGGUCGCCGCCUCCUCCGCCUGCCUGUUCUGGGAGCUCACCUUCCCCGAGGCAGAGAGUGGGACGGGAGGAGGGGAGAAGCGGCAGAAAGCCUGGGCUCUGUUCGUCAGGGUGGUCCGUUACUCCCGGCCUGAUGCCCUGCACCUGGGAGCGGCCUUCCUCUUCCUCACGCUGGCUGUCUUAAGUGAGAUGUGCAUCCCGUACUACACUGGCAGAGUGGUGGACUUGCUGGGAUCGCGGUAUCAGCACAGUAGCUUCCUGUCUGCCAUCGGAUUCAUGGCGCUGUUCUCCUUCACCAGCUCUCUGUGCGCAGGUCUGCGAGGGGGCAUGUUCAUGUGCAGCUUGUCCAGACUCAACAGGAGGAUGAGACACAUGCUGUUCCACAGCCUGGUGCAGCAGGAGAUCGGCUUCUUUGAGGAGACUAAGUCAGGCAGCCUAACGUCACGCCUGUCCUCCGACACCGACAGGAUGGGCCGAUCCGUGGCCAUGAACAUGAACGUGCUCGUGCGGAGCACGGUGAAGGUGCUCGGCCUCCUGGGAUUGAUGCUGGGCCUGUCGUGGCACCUGACCGUCCUCACCUGUGUGGAGAUGCCCCUCCUGGCCCUGCUGCAGAACUUCUACAAUGCUCGCGCUCAGGCGCUGGGGCAGCAGCUGCAGGACUGCGAGGCGGAGGCGCGGGCGGUGGCGGCGUCGGCCCUGGGGGCGGUGCGCACGGUGCGGAGCUUCGGCGCGGAGCAGGCCGAGGCGCGGCGGUACCAGGAGGCGGUGGGGAGGACGCGCGCCGUGCACACGCGCAAGGACACGCUGAAGGCCGUCUUACUCUUACUGCGCAGGCUGGUCACUGUGGGGGUGAAGGUGAUGAUGCUGAUCUACGGGCGUCGGCUCAUCGCCUCAGGUCAGCUGACCAACGGUGGCCUCCUGGCCUUCGUCCUCUACCAGAAGGACAUGGCGACCAGCACGCGGCAACUGGUCUCCAUCUGCGGGGAGAUGCUGAACUGCACGGGCGCGGCGUCCAAGGUGUUCGAGUACCUGGACAGGAAACCCCGGGAGGAGAGGGCGGGGAACCUGGAGCCCUCGCGCCUGGAGGGACGCCUGACCCUCCGCGACGUCACCUUCUCCUACCCCACCAAGCCUGACGCGCCCGCCCUGAAGGGCUUGUCCCUGGAGCUGUGUCCUGGGAAGAUGACUGCCCUGGUGGGGCCCUCUGGGGGGGGGAAGAGCUCCUGCGUCGGCCUGCUGGAGAGGUUCUACGAGCCGCACGAGGGACAGGUGCUGCUGGAUGGGCUUCCCCUGCACUGCUACCAACACCGUUACCUGCACAACAAGAUGGCGAUGGUAUCCCAGGAUCCCGUGCUGUUCUCAGGCUCUGUCAGAGACAACAUCGCGUACGGCCUGGAGGACUGCUCCCUGGAGAGGAUUGAGAGAGCAGCACGCAAGGCCAAUGCUCACAAAUUCAUAUGUGAGCUGGAGCAGGGCUAUGAUACAGACGUAGGCGAGUGUGGGGGCUGUCUGUCAGCAGGACAGAAGCAGUGCAUAGCCAUCGCCAGGGCCCUGGUCAGAGAGCCCCAGAUCCUCAUUCUGGACGAAGUCACCAGCUGCUUGGACCUGGACACACAGCUGGCGAUGCAGGACGUCCUGACUGGCUCGGUGGGACAGACGGUUCUGGUGGUGGCCCACCGGCUGAAGACCGUGGAGCAGGCCGACCGCAUCGUCUUCCUGGAGGACGGGGCGGUGGUGGAGCAGGGCACGCACCAGCAGCUGAUGGCCAGUAGAGGGCGCUACUACAGGCUGAGGGAAAAGCUCUUUUCUGACUUGGAUAGCGCUGGGGACUCGCUGAGUGGGGCUGGCUGAAAUCUCCAGCAGUAAGUCACGCAGACUGUAAGCCAUUAACAGUUACAGCUGCAGCACCUGCUACCUGAUAGUGUGGCGUUUUAGCUAUCGUUACGAUGUUUGCUCCGGGGCUACUCCUUUAAGAACAACCAGCUCCACCAUUCAGGUGUUUGUUAUCAAAUGAGCCAUUAUGUUCAUUUGUUUCAAUAGUGCCUCAUAUCUGAACAACACCUUCCGCUAACACAAGAAGCUCGGUCUAAUCACCCUUCCUGCCCACACCCAGAACUGGGUCUGGCUAUUUGGGGAUACAGAUGAUCUGUUGAGUAUGGCACACGCCUAUAAUAUAGACACACAUACACACACACACGUUCACACUCGCGUGCAGGCACACGCACUGCUAAAACAUACACAUGUGUUGUUGCAGAAGCACACAAGUAAGUACACAUGCUCACACAACGCAGAAUAACACACAUUCAGUGGGAAGUAGACUUCUUCCACAUCACAGUGUUCUAAGGGGACGCUCCCUUCCUCUUUCUGAAAAGCUAUUUUAUGAAUGCGCUAAUAUAAUAUCACCAGGGCCUGCAGAAAUGUAUGACUUCUUUUGUAACAGUUGAGUGUCCUCUUCCCAGCACAAUGAGGCCAUUCUGCUCUCUUCUCAAGUCCCCUAAACAGUGAAAUCACAUUAAAUGGCAUCCUGUUAAAUUACGAGCCCAUUGCUGAACAUUAAUCAGCGGAAUUGUUAAUGUAAUGGCGGCAGGUGAAGCUUCUCAGCCUGGUAAUCUGGAUCUGUGGCCAGAGGGGAGGAGCACUGAGUUUUACUUGAUGGGCGGGAUCAUUGAUAACACAGUUUGCCUUUUCAGUCUUAGUCUGAAUACGGAUAUCUUGCCGCUUUGUUCCACGCAUACGCUGUGUUUUUCUUAUCUUAUUUUUGUUAACAAGAGUGAGUGAAUUGUACCAAGCACGCGAACCAAAGGCUGUCAUGCUCUCAAUCAAAGUCUGAUUAAAACAGAUGAAGUGA